CAAAAGUGGACCGAAAGUUUCAAUCUUUCGAUCACAAUGGGGGGUUGUUUUUCUUUCGGAUUUUCUUGUGAUGAAACACUGAAAUGUCUUUUUAGAUGGUUAACGUGUGAAGGUUAUCUUCGAAACCUUAAGAAGAAUCUCACGGCUCUUAAGAAGCAAAUGGAAGAUCUCAACGCAACUGAAGAAGAGGUGAAGACCAAGGUUGAAAGGGAGGAAAGGUUGCAUCAACAAAGGCGUCCAGCUGUCAAGGUAUGGCUUACACGUGUGGAGGAUGUCCAAAAACGGUUCCUUGAGCUGGAUAGUACAAGUGCCGCUGAGUUUGAAAACUUGUGUUUAUGCGACUUAUGCUCAAAACAUUUAUGUUUGAGCUACAAAUAUGGGAAAAGUGUUUUCUUGUUGUCUGAAGAGGUUAAGAAUCUCAAAUUAGAGGGUGAUAAUUUUAAAGAGGUUACUGAGCCGGUUUUGAGAUCUGUAAUAGAAGCGAGGCCUACUCGGCCUACGGUUGGUCAGGAACAAAUGUUCGAAAAGGCAUGGAAUCGUCUUAUGCAAGAUGGAGUCGGAAUCAUGGGUCUGCACGGAAUGGGUGGUGUAGGCAAAACUACACUUCUCAAAAAAAUACACAAUAAGUUUGUUGAUGUCGACCAAAACAAAGAUGAUGGUAGGGUUGAUAUUAUGAUGUGGAUGGUGGUGUCUCGAGGUGUAAAUACUUUACAGAAGGUUCAAGAUGAGAUUGCAAAGAAGCUACACCUCAAUGGCAACGAGUGGACAAACAAAAAUGAAAGCGACAAGGCAGCUGAGAUAAAUACUGUUUUAAGUGGAAAGAGAUUUGUUUUGAUGCUCGAUGAUAUAUGGGAGAAAGUGGAUUUAGAAACCGUCGGAGUUCCAGAACUGACCAGUGAAAACAGAUGCAAAGUAGCCUUCACCACUCGUUCUCGCGAAGUAUGUCUGCGUAUGGGGGAUCGUGACCCCGUGGAAGUCAACUGUUUGGAACCGGAGGAAGCAUGGGAGUUGUUUGAAAAGAAGGUUGGAGAUGAUAAUUUAACAAGAGAUUCUCGCAUUGUCGAGCUUGCAAGAAAGGUCGCUGAAAAAUGUCGUGGUCUGCCACUAGCGCUCAUUGUCAUCGGUGAGACAAUGUCAACUAAAACUAGGGUGGAAGAAUGGGAGCAUGCAGUCGAGGAGUUGACUAGAUCCGCUAAAGAGUUCCCUGACAUGGAAAAUAACAUUCUUCCAAUUCUGAAGUUCAGCUACGAUAACUUAGGUGAUGAAAAUGUUAAAUCUUGCUUCUUGUACUGUGCUCUUUUCCCGGAAGACGAUGAGAUAGAAAAGGAAAGGUUUAUAAACUUUUGGUUAUGCGAGGGAUUCCUCGGGGAAUACGAAGAUGUAAGAAAAGCUAUGAAUAAGGGUCAUGAUGUAGUUGGUACCCUUAUAAAUGCAAAUUUACUGAAGGAGGCUGGUUCAAGAAAGCUGUCCAUGCAUGACGUGGUGCGCGAAAUGGCUCUAUGGAUUGCAUCCUCUCUUGGGAAACAGAAAGAGAAUUUUGUUGUGCAAGCAAGAGUCGGGUUAUUGAAGAUACCCAAACUCAAGGACUGGGGGUCAGUGAGAAGGAUGUCAUUAAUGGAAAAUCAGAUUGAAGAGAUAGCAUGCGACUCCAUUAAGUGUUCAGAACUUAUAACUCUCUUCCUCCAACUUAAUAAUUUGAAGAAUCUCUCAGGUGAAUUCAUCCGCUAUAUGAAAAAACUAGUUGUUCUGGAUCUAUUUGGUAAUUCUCGCAUCACCGAACUUCCAGAGGAGAUAUCUGAGUUGGUCUCCUUGAAGUAUCUUGAUGUGUCGUUAACCGGAAUAAGGCAGCUGCCUGUUGGUUUACAAAAGUUGAAAAAUCUGUAUUACCUGAAUUUGAAUACUACUUAG